UUUUUUUUUUUUUUGGCGGACCUUUUUCACCGUGUCCUCGCUAUCUUAAGGAGAACCGCCGCCGGUGGCGGGGACACUUUCUUGGGGGAAACUAAGCCAACGGAACUCGCUGAAAGAAAGACAAGAAAAAAGUACGACGAAGUAUCGUGGUCACCGAGGAAAUGAUUGUGCGGAGCUUCAAGACUUCUUGAGGCUAGUGGCUAGUCAGAGGAAGGCCCAGAAAUGAGCCGCGUCCUGGGAUGAGUCUGUCUGCCAUCACUCUGUCUCCACCAGACCUUCAGGAGGAGCACUUUGAGCAUCGGAGUGAGGCUGCGUGGUGUGGCUAACGCCGUCGCGGUGCCAUGGCUCUAGUUCAGGCUCUUCUUGUCGCUGACCACCCCAAGCCCGCCGUCGACGUCCAGCAGUGCCAGCCGCCCUCCUCCUCUCCCUCCCCGCCAACCUCCUGCAGCUCGGCCACCGCGAUGGGUUCCGUCAGCAGUCUCAUAUCGGGCCGGACGUACCAAGAGAGGCACUGCCGAGCGGCCAGCGAAUUUAGCGCCAAGCAACGGCGCUCGACGCCGGCCACCAGCUGCUUCCGCCUCCAGGAUGACACCCUCCGCAGCGCCAGCUCCUUAGAGCAGCUGUUGGUUAUCUGCAACCAAACGCAAGAGCGACACCCCCAGGCCCAGGUUCUGCCACCGCCGCUGCCCACCAAGAAGCAGCCUCGGCCCGGCAACUCUGCGUCCGGCAAGGGCGCGACGACCGCCGCGAACAAGAACUCUGGAUACGCGAGCAAUGAGUUGGUCGUCGGCGAUUGGAAUGACAACGUGGUCGUGUCCGCUGUCAGUCCUUGCAGCGACUCGGAGGACCAACGGGACAAUCGGACUCUGAAUGGCAAUAUCGGAGGACCUCCCCCCAAACUCAUCCCAGUUUCCGGACAGCUUGAGAAGAACAUGGAGAAAGUGCUGAUCCGUCCAACAGCGUUCAAGCCUGUCGUUCCCAAGAAUCGCCACUCGGUGCAUUACCUUUCUCCGCGACCAGGCGGCUGCAGUCUGUCAGAGAGCCAAGGCAGCCUCAACCUCCUCCUUCCCCUCGCCGCGUCCGCCGGCGGACCAAACGCAGCAAGCGGCGGUAGCUCCUCUUCGGAAGACAAGCGCGACUCCUUCGGCGGGGCGUGCAACGCUCGCAGCAGCCAGUCUUGCUCCAUGUCUGACUCCGGGAGGAACUCCCUCUCCAGCCUGCCCACUCACAGCAGCACGGGCUAUAGUUUGGCCCCCAGCGAGGGCUCCAGCUCCGGGUCAGCCCACCCGGAGCCCGGGCACGUUCUGGUCAGAAACACUUCAAGUGGAAUCGGGAUUCACGGUCACUCGGAUAGCGGACGUUCGUCGUCCAGUAAGAGCAGUGGCUCGGGGUCACUGAGCGGGCGCGGGCAGCCCCUGUCGGACAGCGGCUCGUGCGGCCACUCGUCGCCGCCUGCGGAGGGCUACGAGGUGGUGGUGCGGGACCUGGAGGAGAAGCUGAGGGAGCGCGACAUGGAGCUUCAGCAUCUGCGGGAAAAUCUGGAUGAGAAUGAAGCCGCCAUCUGCCAGGUGUAUGAGGAGAAGCAGCGUCGCUGUGAAAGAGAAAUGGAGGAGCUGAGGCAGAACUGCGCCACCAAGAUGAAGCAGGCCUCUCAGAAGGCCCAGAGGGCGCAGCAGGUGUUGCAGUUGCAGAUAUUCCAGCUACAGCAGGAGAAAAAGAAGCUGCAGGAGGACUUCUCAUCUCUGCUGCAGGACAGGGAAUCUCUGGAGAGGAGGUGCGCCACCAUCCAGCGUGAGCAGACGCAGCUCGGCCCGCGGCUGGAGGAGACCAAGUGGGAGGUGUGCCAGAAGUCGGGCGAGAUCUCCCUCCUCAAGCAGCAACUGAAGGAGAUCCAGUCGGAGCUGAGCCAGAAGGCCGGCGACAUCGUGGCGCUGAGGGCCCAGCUGAGAGAAGCCCGAUCGGAGCAACAGGCCGGCCAGGCUCGCUGUCAGGAGGCCCAGGCGGCCCUGCGCACUCGCGCCCUGGAGCUGGAGGUCUGCCAGAACGAGCUGCAGAGGCGCAAGAGCGAAGCCGAGCUGCUGCGGGAGAAGUUGGCGCGCCUGGAGGACGAGACGCCGCUGCGCCUUGGGAGCGCCAAGGCCCCGUGCGUCGGCCUGCCCCUCCGGCAGGGGCGGGGCCUGUCCGGCAGGGGGGCGCCCAGCCCCUGCGUGUAUCGCGACGUGGAGGACUGGGGAGGAGAGAGCGAUGAAACCAAGGCGCUGAGGCAGAAUGCAGAAACUCUGCUGGGACUCAGACAACAGGUUGACAGGCUGAAGGCCGAGCUCAUGUACGAGAGGAGGACAAGUUAGGAGCAGCUGUCUCGAUUUGAAGAUGAACGCAGGGUAUGGCAGGAGGAAAAGGAAAAGGUGAUCCGCUACCAGAAGCAGCUGCAGCAGAACUACAUCCAGAUGUACCGGCGGAACCGCGACCUGGAGCGGGUGAUGCGGGAGCUGAGUCUGGAGCUGGAGACCAGGGACAUGGACGACUAUGAGGUGCACAGCGGCAGCAACGACAUCCACUUUGAGGA